AUGACCGACUCGCCAUUCGUGCGCUUCCCGCUCGAUCCCAAGGAACAACCCAUCCUCGACCGCCUGCUCGGCCUGCGCGACCAGCUCUCGGUCCUCAAGAGCGAUCGCUCAUCAUACAUCCGCACUCAGGAUGUCCUGGACCUGUACACAAAGUUGAUCGGAGAGGUCGAGAAGCUCAAUGGUCUGCGUACCGACAAGCGCAGCGAACAAAACAGGGUCGACACAGUGCUGGACGACUGCUUCCAGCUUGUUUCCCUUUUCUUCCUUACCAUCGGCCGCAAUCAAGAAGCUCCCGCUGUCUACUCUGCUGUAUCUACUGUAAAGCGUCUCCUGGAUCAUCUCAAGGAAGCUGGCUUCUACUUGCUCCAGGACCUCGAAUCUAUCGAACACAACCUCCGGAAAUGGCGCUCAUCUGUUGAGCGCGGCAGAGAUGUACACAGCGACUCCUUGAUGACAUUGCUCGAAGCCCGCAUCGACGUCUGCUACCAAACCCUCAAAGAGCUCCAGGCUUCUUUGUCACAACUCGAUCCCGAACUCAUGGGCUACUACGAAAAGCUCGUCUCAAUUCUGCGCUCACUCUCGGCCUGCAACACUCGAUCAAAAUUCCCGGUCAAGGAGGUUGAAGAGUUGGGAGCACAGCUCAAGCAAAUCCAGGCAGAGCUGAAAGAUGCUGGAGUAUCACACGAGGGCAGGACGGCCGAAGAAGCAUAUGCCGAACAACUGCAGCAAGUACACAUUGAUGAGAACCACAUCGAGGAGGGUAGCAAAGUUGUCUCCUUCCUGUUAGGCCGCUGUUUGCUCUGGCUCGAGAUUGUCCAGAACAAGCAAGGCAAGAUAGACGACCGUUUCCGCGACACAUACGAUAAGCUCGUCAAGUUGCGCAACACGCUCGACAACAUGAACCUUACUCAAGCUUGGUCCCUGCGCGAGACAGACUUAUACAGCUAUCAACGACAGCUCGAUCGCAUUGACGAAUCCCGCGUCGAUGGUAACUUCCUCGACGCUGAAGGCAAGCCUGCCGAUCUACAUUCCCAAAGGACUCUGCUCUACCUUCUCCGCAAGAGCUACUCAUACAUCUAUCACUACAUCGUCUCAUCAGAGCCUGUCUCGGAAGCUCUGCUACCUAUCUACAACCAACUGCUCACUCUCAAACGUUGUCUGCUCGAGGUCAAGCGUUCUGGCGGUGUCGAUUCUCCUCGCGAGUUGUACCCAUACAGCAUGAAGCUCAACUCAAUCGAUAACAUGAAGAAGGACGGCAAAUUCAUGGUUGGUAACGACAUCCCUGAAGGUCAAGGUAGUGUCACAUCACUGCUAGCCGAGUGUUUCGACAUCGCCUACGACCUCAGAAACGAGGCCGAAGAGCGUCAAGAAGCUGCCGAGCUGGCCGACGGUGACGAAUCCAAGGAGUAA